CUUUUUAUUUUUUGGUUAACAGUUUUCGACACCCUUAUUAUAUAGACUUUGGAAUCCCAAAAUCGUAGUUUUAUAUUCCAAAAUCUCAUGGUUGAUAAUACUGGUUCAAAACUAGAUGGAGAUGGGGUUAAGAAUUACAGAGAGAAACAUGUUCUUAAAAAACUUGUAUAUACAUAGUACAGUAUAAGAACAUGUUUUCUUAUGAUUAGAAGAGAAUGUCAUUUUUUAAAUUAAAAAAGUGACAUGAUUUAAGUAUUUCUUAGUGUAGCUUACCUAUUUCUUUUAUUCCAGUUCCAGACAAUACAAUAUAUAACCAUCAGUGUUUCGCUUAGCUUUUUCAUCACAUACGUUCAUGUGUUAGCUUGUUUUGGCGUUGAUGAAAAUGCAAAAGCUGAUUUCACAUAUCACAAAUAAAGAAGCCAGAAUUUGACAUAUUGAGUUCAAAGUGAAUUGGAGAAGUAAAAUUAUGUUACGUUAAGUUCAAUGUGAAUACAUGUUGGAUUGAUGGAAACCAAAUAGAGAUGUUUAGAACAUUUUUUUUUUGGUUAUUGAUGUUGAGAACAUUUGAUCAAAAAGGAAGAGAAAUAUAAAAUAAAAUAAAAAGAAAUGGUGUGAAAAAGUGGCCGCUUUGAAAUUAAAAGAAAUGUAACCAUAUCACGAUAAAACUGAUAAUUAUCAGUCGUGGUUAUUAUCAAUGGUGUAGUAGUGGCUGCGAUGGGUUUGCACACCUUCUAAGUUUAAACAUGACAAUCUUAUUGGCCACAUGACAACUACGUACUCCAUAAUUAGAAAUCUUCGAUAGAAACAUGGCCUAAAAAUUGGCAGGUUCCUUUUUUUCAACGUUACCAUUUAAAACAACAGAGCUAGAUGAAUCAAUAUUGGACAAUGUUUCUUUAAAGCAAUGCACUUGAUACAUCACCCUAUUGCAAAGCCAGUAGUGAACUCCAAGAAUGUAAUAACUUGCAUUUUUAGCAACCCCAAAAUACUAUUUACCUCAGGACCUUACUUAUAUAACCACACAUGUUCACAUAUUACAAUAUGUCAGAGAGGAGUAAUAUGAAUCCGGAACACAAGUAGCAAGCUAAGCACAUUGACUAAUCACAAAAUCAAGAUGAAGAUGAAAUCUCACUCUUCCAAUUUCUUCACGUUCUUCCUUGUAGCCUUUACCAUCAUACAUGUUUGCUUAGCAGAUUGUGACAAUCUACAGGACAGUUGCAUUGCAGAUUCACCCGGAAACCAAUUCAUCAAUGGCCUCCCCUGCAAGAAUCCAACUAACACAAGUGCUCAUAAUUUCAAAUCCACAGAAUUAAGCAAAUCUGGUUCCAGAGACAAAUUUGGCGCAUCAAUCAACAUUGUAACUGCUUCCAAUUUCCCUGGCCUUAACACUCUUGGCCUCUCAAUUGGCAGAAUUGACAUUCAAGUGGAUGGGAUUGUGAACCUCCACAACCAUCCAAGAGCUACUGAGAUGAUCUUUGUGAAGGAAGGUGUGGUUGCCGCGGCGUUUCUCGAUACUCAGAACAAGCUCUUCCAGAAGCUUCUUAAGGCAGGGGAUGUGUUUGUGGUCCCCAAGGGGUUGUUCCAUUUUCUCCUGAACCGUGGUGUGGAGGUUGCUACUGUCGUGUCUGUGUUCAAUGGCCAGAAUCCUGGGUUUGAAACUCUCAUGGGAACAACACCUUCUGAUGAUACCACGUUGGAAUCAGUUGAGAAGGUGAAGAGGAAGCUCAUUGCAGUUUCUGAUUUAGAACUUCAUGGUGUUAAUGAUUCAACUUUGGCAAUGUUGGAGAUCAUUUAUAGUUAGCCAGGACUGUGUCAUAAAUCAUGGGGUUUCAAAGUAGAGUGCUACUCGUUACACUGUAUUAUUAUUCAUACAAAGGGUUCAUAACUUCCUAUAUUAGUUGUGUGAUCUUGUGGGUAA